AUGGGGUUUCUGGUGCUGAAUGUCACCCUUAGGAGUCAGAAGGUGCAGGUGGCUGUGAACCCUUUAUUUACAGAAGAGAAAAAGCAAAUGAACCUGUGACUCACUAGUGGCGACACAGAGAAUGAGUCUGAGAAGGAUGCAGACCAGAAUGAAAUGUCUAAAAUGAGUGAGCCUCAGGAGUCUGUCUUGCUGGCUGGUGCCUCAGCAGAGAAGGCAAUGCAAGCUCCUGACACUGACCUAGGGGUUGAAGAUCCUGAGAAAGCCUUUGCUGACAUUAUAGGCACAAAGCCCAUAUACUUGGAAGCACACAGGCUGAUGGAAGUGGUGCCUGCCUCACAUUUGAUUCAAAAUUUGGCUAAGUCUUACAUAAAUCUGAACCCCCAUGGUCUAGGACCUAAAGGUGUCAAAGACAUUAUUAGUGCUAUGGUGUCCAACACAACCAUCACACAAUUAGAGUUUGAAGACAGCUGCGUUUUGAUAGAAGGAGCUAUAUGCAUAGGAGAGAUGUUGUGAGAGAAUUUAUCACUCCAAGAACUGAACAUCUCUAAUAAGCACCUAGACACAUCAGGAGCUAAAGCCAUUGCCAGUUUGCUUUUGGUUAAUUUGUCGUACCUCAAUGUUUUUCAGCUCUUGGGGGGUUGUAUGCACACAAACACUGAUGGCAGUAGAAGUGAACCAGAUACGGACUGUGAUGGACUGCAGGUUUUACCUAAAAGCACAUCUUUCUGCAGACCCCAGCACAGCACCAAAGGAGAGAUCAGUGCAUUGUUAACAUACUUUUCUUCCCCAAGAAACAACUUUGGAGAGGAGACUGCACCAUGCUUUGCUGAGGCAUGAAUAGUGAGUUACCUGAAAUCCAAGGAUAAACUGUCUUUGCCACAGCAGGGCAAUGCCACAGCACUACCUAAAAUAGAGGAGUAUUAUUACCAAGCCCUGGCAAAAGAAAGCCAAAACUGUCUUCUAGUAAGACAGGGGUCAAUAAUCCCUGAAAAGGCAAAACUGAAUAACCAGCUAAGAUUCCUCCAGAGCAUGCCUUCUGCUACACAUGACAUCCUCAUUCUCACCAUGUCUGGAUCUAUGUCUCUUCUUUUACAGAUGGCCAGUAAUCCCCUAACCACAGAAGAUGCCACUGCACUAGUCACAACCUUCAGAAAGGAUCUCCCUCCAAAUUCAAGACUCCAGGACCAUACACUAUGCGUUUUUAGGAAGAGACUGAGAAAUGCUCCUAAGUUCCUGAGUGAGAGCAGAGGUUAUAUUGCAGACCAGCACGGGGUGGACACCUGGCACAAUGAGUUGAUGAAUGAAGCUUUCAAGUUGCAGGAUUUGAUGUGUCAAAUGCAUCCUGAACUAGAUGUCAUCUACAGUAAGGUUAAAGGCUGUACCACCAAGAUCCAACAGCAUCAAAUUCCCAUGGAAGUGAUUCAGAACUCUUUGAAAGAGCACAACCUACAACUCGAGAACUUCUUUGGGAAUAUUGAUAAGGAUGGAAACAUGAUUCCUGUGGCAGCCUUCUGGAAAGCCAUGAUGCAAGUGAAAAAUAGGCAUCUAAACCCUCGGCUGUACAAUGGAGUAGGCAGUUGUCUUCCUGCCAAAACCACUGUGGUGCUUGGGACCAGUAGCAAUGUUCACUUAAAAGACCAGGGGACAGCACAGAAGCCUGUGGAAGGGGAAAUAGAGGAGGAAGAAAGAGAAGAGACAUAA